GGCUCGCGCUCUCAGUGUCACUGUCAGGCCGCCCAACGCGCUCUCUUCAUUGAAGCCACCAUGUCUGUGGACGAGAGGCUUAAACUCGUCGCCUCGUCGGCACUGUUAUCUCUGUUCUCAUCCCGGAAGGUGACCACCCCGAUCACCUCCUUUGACCUCCUCACACGAGUGAUCGCGUCCGGACCCCCACCAGCUGGUCUACUACCCGGACCAAACGCGCCUCCUACAUUCCGACUUACUGACCUCGCGCGUUUCGAGGCUAUCUUGGAGAACCUCUCAAAUGGUUGGGACCAUGGCAAGAUAUCUGUGUUGCGUGAGAUGCAAGACGACGGUCUGACUGUCAUGGAUGUGCGCCUUGGGAGCGGAGACGCACAGCUAGGCAGUAGUCUGCCUGGGCAUGGACGCAAGCGGAAGCGACAAGUGGAUGAAGAUGCUGAGUCUACUGCUGGUGACUCGGAAGAGCAGGAGAAGGUCGAGCAGGCGCGUGAGAGGGUCAAGCCCGCACCGACUACGCUUGCGAGCCUGAGCAAGGACCUCAAGGAGGUAUACAACAUCCUCCAGAGAAGUACAGCAAAGGGUCGGUUGCUCGCUGAACAGUUCCGCUCUGUGAACGGGAGCUUCGAGCCCAUCUGCCCGCACAUCACCAAGGACGACUGUGCAAAGGCCCGCCGGCUCGCCUCCCUUGACGCUGCCUCCGCAGCCCCAACGAUCUGCGACCGUAUCCACUUCCGGCCGCUGCUCCGGCCACACACGGACCCGUCGCUCGGGCACUGCUCGUACCUCAACACCUGCUACUCCGAGCCGACGUACGCACAGUCGCCGUCCAUCCCGCCUCUGCCGUCGCACCGCCAGAUAGGGUAUGGGAUGCAGGGCGGGGGUACUGUUAGCCUGCCUAGCGGCUUGGGUGCCGGUGGACGCGGCAAGGAGAAGGCGCCGUGUCGGUAUCUACACUUUGAGGUGGAUUGGGACGUGACGGAUGGCGGCGGUCAGCCUGAUAGCCGUUCAGAGGUCAAGAAGAAGCCGUAUAAACUUGGCAUAGGACUGGGCCCUACGGGUAAGGAGACCAGAGUGCUGCCGCCCCAGUGGAUCAACUGCGACCUGCGGAGAUUCGACUACUCUGUCCUGGGCAAGUUCCAUGUCAUCAUGGCAGACCCUCCAUGGGACAUUCACAUGAGCUUACCGUAUGGGACGAUGACGGACGACGAGAUGCGUGCCAUGCCCAUCCCGACACUGCAAGACGAGGGCCUACUCUUCCUCUGGGUGACAGGUCGCGCGAUGGAAGUGGGCCGAGAAUGCCUACGGGUAUGGGGCUACACGCGAGUGGACGAGGUCGUCUGGGUCAAGACGAACCAACUGCAACGCGUCAUCCGCACAGGCCGCACGGGCCACUGGCUGAACCACACCAAGGAGCACAUGCUCGUCGGCGUCAAGACCGUCACGGAUGAGGCCGGCAACCUCAAGUUCCCCUCGUGGGCGAACCGGGGGCUCGACACAGACGUGAUUGUGUCCGAGGUGCGCGAGACAAGCAGAAAGCCCGACGAGGUGUACGGCUUGAUCGAGCGCAUGUGUCCUGGUGGACGCAAGAUCGAGAUUUUUGGCAGGAGACAUAAUACGAGGCCAGGUUGGUUGACACUCGGGAACCAACUGGGCCCUGACCAAAUUUUCGAGGAAGACCUAGCUGCUCGGAUCCAAGCGAGGUAUCCUGAGCGACCAAUCCAUGGAGGUGGUUUCUAGGCAUAUAUCGUAUCGCUGCUGUCAUGCUAUCAUUUGCUGUUGUCUUGAUUGCUGUGUUGAUUGUAUGAACAGACACUCGGA